ACACACACACACACACACACACUGGUUUAUUGGGGAUUUCCCCUUUUUUUGCGUUAUGACUGAUAAGGGCGCUACUGCAACCUACUGAAAGAGGAUUCCACAAGCUCGGCACUUGUAAUUGAUCUGUGUCCUCAGCGUGAGCUACGUAAUAGACUUUAAAUUAGUGAAAAAUUCCGUUGUUUUCAGUACUCACUUUUGUGAUUGUUGUGUUUGUAGGUAGUAUGGGAAACGGUUUUAUUGUACUACUCUGCAUAAUACAGCUGUCUUUUGCCCAAGGGAAAGUGUCGUUUGGGCGUGGACCAUCGUGCAGAACUUCUACCGGAACGCAGGGAUGGUGUGUGGGUUUGAAACACUGUCCCAAGCUGAAGGUGAUCGACGAGAAACCGUACAUAAGUCGUCACGAGAUGCAUCUGCUUAUUGGUGCUUCCGGCGCUUGUCCAGUGAAUUCGGAGCAAUAUUGCUGUGCCGAAGCAGACAUUCGUCGGCGCAGCAGGACCACGGUGAUGGUACCGAUGCCAGAACCGGACGAGGACAAUUCCAUACUCGACUCGGACAGCUGUCUGCAGACGCACCUCGGAAUGGACAGUGGAUCGAUUGGGCGCGCAUCGCUUGAUUCUUCGUUUGGUGUGUUUAUAGCCUACAAGGGUAGGAGAAGUCGAUGCGCGGGAAGCUUGAUUACACCCGAGUAUGUACUAACAGCGGCACAUUGUGUUAAGAAACCGCAAGGGAUGUUGUUGUAUGUCAGUGCGCUGCACGUUAAGCACGACACAGUGUCGGGUGGUUACCAGGGAGAUGUUGAGCCAAUGUACGUGCGGGAGGCAAUUAUUCACGAGCAGUACAACACCACCACACGUGAUCAUGAUAUUGCGUUGCUGCGGCUAAACGGAAGCAUUACGCAGGAAGGUAACUCACCCAGCCCGAUCUGUAUUCCGAUGGGGAAGAAGCAUGAUCCAGUUGCUUCCGUUGGAUACACACUUAGCUGCUUCGGUUGGGGUCUUAAUGCUUACGGUAAGGCACACGGGAGUGCAAACAGUCACGUUUUUGGUGGUGGAGAUUACUUGAUGUUGUGCUCUGAAAUUGUAGGAAAGCCCAAUGACAGCAAGCAGUGGAUGACACUGGAACGUAUCUCGCUGGAACUGUGCCAGGCAAGGAUGGACUCGUUGAGAGUGGCCCUGGCCGGGAGGGUGAUCAUUUCGGAACGAAAUAUCUGCACUAUUACCAUCACUGGGAAUGACGCAUUUUCGGGCUUUUCCGGGGGUCCGCUGAUGUAUCGGAAGGAUGGCACCUGGUACUUGAUUGGGUUGAUUAAUUAUGGAGUCGGUGCCACGAGCAGUGAGUUCCCGGUAGUUUCCUUAAACGUUCAACAGUACACGGACUGGAUCUUGGACAACAUUCAACAACGGCACUGAUGCUUCCAGCUGCUGUGAUAGUAUUAUGUUGGCAGUGCGACACACACACACACACACACAUAAACCAUCCCUUAUCGUAUCAAAGCCACAAUAAACAAAUACAAUAAACAAUUAA